ACGGAGCGGUUUGGUGGUGCAAACUUCUGCGGUCUCGUUGUCCUGGAAUCACGUCAAUGGUAGCAGCGAAGGCGAGUGUUGCUGGAAAUAAUAUUGCUCUGCUAGCAGAAAGGGAGGCUGAAGUGAUUGCUUUCAGUGGUGUCCGUUGCUCUGGUGAAGAAACAAGUGGUUGCCGUUGCGAUAUGGUGAAUGUGUUGUGUGAAAACCGUUGACUAUCUUUGAGAGUGAUUUUUAUACGACGGCAAGUGAGAAGCGUUGGAAAAUUGGGAAUCGUUGCAGAUAUUCGGAAAAGACUCUGCCAGAAUGACAGAAGAGCUUCAGUCUCAACAACAGACGCAACAAUGCCAACAGCAGCAGCAACAGCAACCCCAGCAAAAGUCGCGUUUAGGCCCGAAUGACUAUCGAAAUUCGGAAUUCGUCACGAAACUCAUGGCAGCCAAUCCACCCUAUCUGUACUCGCCUGCCAUUGGACCUCAUAAUUUCUUCUUCAGCGAGAUGCUCCGUUCUUUGGUUGCCAACAAGCGCAAUGAAAGCCUUCGUAACGCUGAGCAAUUACAUCAUCAACAACAGCAGCAUCAGCAGCAGCAACAGCAACAUCAGCAGCAAACUCAAUCGUUACAUACCCGUAGACCGCGUAAACGAUCUUGGUCACAACACCGUCUAUACCCGGAAUCUCCCAAAGAAAGCAAAGAACCAGAUGAAAAAACUACUGGACAACCGGAGAAGCCGUUAGAGCUGACGAACAAGCUAUCCGCAUUCUCCCGGAACAUAACCUCCAAAUACGACGACAGCAGCGACAGUUACAAAUCGUCACAAGAAACUAAACCCCCGAUCGAUAAAGCCCCAGUGAACAACUCCCAUAUUCCGGACCCACCGACAGCUUCAAUGCCCCCGUCGGAUCUCAUCCUACCACCGCCUCCCCCGGUUUGGUACCCACCUCUCUGUCCACCGUACGGAAUCGAUCCGCUCCACUUCUUUAUCGAUUUGCGCGUCUCCGGACACAUCUACGACCGCAAGAAAGAACUUACAUCGCCCAACUCCGACGGUGCGGCAAUCAAAACCGAGCACUCGAAGCUAAUCGGUUCCAGCGACAGACAUGGAUCUGCAUUCAGUGUUCCAAAGCCACGAGAUGGUCUCGGAAAACUGGGUAAUUCGGCGAUCGAUCUCGCAUCGUCUCCACUACCCUCGGAGGGCGAUGAGAAGCACUCCAAUGGGCACCCUUCCCCACUAAUGCUCCUGGACGGAUUCAAGGAGAACAAGUACGACAUCAUCAAAAGCACCAACUAUGUGAUGCAGAACUUGCCCAGGAUUUACAGCGAUCUCAACCACACCCAGAAGGAAGGUGGUGACGAUGAGAUCAAUGGGAACCUGAGUGACGAUCAGCUAGACUGCAAAUCGGUGGGGUCGAACGAGGAUUACCCGGGGGACGGUGAAAGGUUUCGAGAUGCAGACUUGAACGUGAUUUCGGACGAAGAUGAGUCCAUCGCGGUGGAUGAGAAUUAAAAAAUGUUCGAUGGUAGAUGUUCAGUGAAUUUGGAAUGGAAUUAAAUGUUAUAAUCGCAUAUGUAAAUUGUUUCUAGUAUCAUCUGUGAGAACAAAAUUAACAAUAAAAUAUAUCU